AUAUAUGUAUAUAUAUGUAUGUAUGAAAUAAUAUAUCCUUAUUUCUUUCUUGUGAUCACUUCUUCACAAAAGCUUCUGCAACUUCCCUCCUUCUUCUACCUCAGCCGAACUACGAUAAGUUAUCGGCCAUGCCUCUCUGUUCUGUAGCUCCGAAACCGGAAAACGAUGGCACCGAACUUGCCAUUGGUCUACCAAAUCCCGCACACAAGAUUUCGCAAUCCUUUCGACAACGGGCUUUAUACCCCAUAACUUUAAAGUUCGAAGAGAUUGUAUACAAGGUAAAUGGCGGAAGAGAAGGAAGUUGUUGUGGAGGAGGAGGAGCAUCGACCGCCACCGGAGAAAAAACGAUACUCAACGGAGUAACGGGCAUGGUUUGUCCCGGGGAGCUACUGGCAAUGCUCGGUCCAUCAGGCAGCGGCAAAACCACCCUCCUCACCGCCCUCGGAGGCCGCCUCACCGGGAAAUUAUCCGGCAAGAUCACAUACAACGGCCACCCUUUCUCCAGCUCCAUCAAACGCAAAACGGGAUUCGUCGCACAGGACGACGUACUAUACCAGCACCUCACCGUUUUCGAGACGCUCUUAUUCACCGCCCUCCUAAGGCUGCCGAAAAGCCUCACCAAAGAAGAGAAAGCAGAGCAUGUCGAGCACGUGAUAGCAGAGCUGGGGCUCAACAAGUGCCAGAACAGCAUGAUCGGGGGCCCGCUUUUCCGGGGAAUAUCGGGCGGGGAGAAGAAACGGGUCAGCAUAGGUCAAGAAAUGCUGAUAAACCCUAGUCUGCUGUUGCUGGACGAGCCCACUUCCGGCCUCGACUCGACUUCGGCGCAGCGGAUCUUGAAGACGCUCAAAGGGCUCGCGGGCGGUGGCAGAACCGUGAUUACAACCAUCCAUCAGCCCUCUAGCCGUCUUUAUUACAUGUUCGAUAAGGUUGUCUUGCUGUCUGAAGGCUCCCCGAUCUACUACGGGCUCGCUUCGACUGCCUUGGAGUAUUUCUCUUCCGUCGGGUUUUCGACUUCCAUCACUGUCAACCCUGCUGAUCUCUUGCUCGAUCUUGCUAACGGGAUUGGACCUGAUUUCCAGAAUGCUAAUACCAACCAUAGCGAAAACCCGCAACAAGAUCCGUCGGCCGUACGAGAAUUUCUCACCUCUGCUUACGAAACGAACAUUUCGACGAGGCUGAAAAUCGAGCUGUGCAGUUCAGACGGUGGCAGCUACACUUACAAAGAAGCAUGUGCAAAAAACGACGUAAGAUCGGAGAAAUGGUGCACGACUUGGUGGCAUCAGUUCAAGAUUCUGCUUAUACGAGGACUGCGCGAAAGAAGAUUCGAAACCUUCAACAAGUUGAGAAUCUUCCAAGUACUAAGCGUGGCGAUUCUCGGUGGCCUUUUAUGGUGGCAAACUCCAUCCUCUCACAUUGAUGACCGUGUGGCGAUGUUGUUCUUCUACUCGGUAUUUUGGGGAUUCUACCCUCUGUACAAUGCUGUAUUCACCUUCCCACAAGAAAGAAGCAUGCUGAUCAAGGAACGUUCGUCCGGUAUGUACCGACUCUCCGCGUAUUUCCUAGCUCGAACAGUGGCCGAUCUUCCGAUGGAGUUAGCUCUGCCGACAGCGUUUACGUUCAUCUUCUACUGGAUGGGCGGACUCAAACCGGACCCUACCACCUUCGUCCUCUCCCUUCUGAUUGUCCUUUUCAGCGUCCUCGUUUCGCAGAGCCUCGGCUUGGCGUUCGGAGCCGUACUCAUGGACGUCAAACAAGCCGCGACGUUAGCAUCGGUCACGACUUUGGUCUUCCUGAUUGCUGGUGGAUACUACGUUCGACAGAUACCGCCGUUUAUAGUGUGGCUGAAGUACCUGAGCUACAGCUACUAUUGCUACAAACUUCUUCUCGGCGUUCAUUACACCGAGAACGACUACUACGAGUGCGCGGAGAAAGUGUACUGCCGCGUUUCGGAUUACCCCGCCGUUAAGUCGGUGGGGUUGACCAAUUUGUGGGUGGACAUGUCUGUCAUGCUGCUCAUGCUGAUUGGCUAUCGGCUUGUCGCGUACAGAGCCUUACACCGCGUGCAGUGAAGUGUAACGUACUUUACGGCGGACCCCGUGUAACGGUUUUUUUUUUCUUUCUAAUUUUACCGAUCCGACCGAUAAAUAAUUAUAUAUUUUAGAAGCGAAUAAAUAUACCCGCUGCCAGGUUUUGAUCGUAGAAAACACCUCGAAAGAUUAUUGUAGUACACGACUGGCAGGUGGUUUAUAUAAAUCCGAUUCACGGAAAUUUUUAAUCUUUUA